GCUGGUCUCGGUGUGUUCUCCCGGUGCCCGUGGGUACCUGUACCCCUGGAAGGGCCUUCGGGGCACCAAUGGAGCUCCCGGCCUGCCUGUGGAGGGCCGCGGGGCUGGUACACGCUCGUUGCGGCCCGUGGUGGAGGGGCCUGAGGGGCUGCUCAGCUAAAGGUGGGCCUGAGGUAGCACCGGGCCCUGUGGGAGGUGGCGUUCGGCUUCACUCUCCAGCCCUGCCGAGGGCUUGUCGGGCGUCCAGCACCUCCCCUGAGAGCCUGGCUACGCAGAGCCAGGCAAAACCAGAGCACAGAUCCCAAGAGAGAGGGGCCAGGCUGGGUGCCCCUGCCGCCGGCGAGCUGUGGAGCUCGAGAGGAGGCGGCUUGUGGAAAGCGAGGAAGAGGAUGGAGAGAAAGCCUCUGGUCAUUGCAAGGACUAAGGGCUCCGAGAUCUUGUUUGGGAUCUCCCCGUGUUCCCUGGCUCUCUCUCAGUCGAGAAGGGACCUGUUCAGGUUAUUCCUCAAGCAGAGCAGUGGCUCUCGGCGUUUUGUUAUGAGUGAGUUAGUCCUUCAAGCCACGGCCCGGGGAGUCCCUGUGCACUAUGUCAACAGGAAACAGCUGGAUGCUCUUUGCCGAGAUCAGGUCCACCAAGGAGUUUGUUUGGAGGCCACUCCUCUGCGUUUCAAGAGUUUGGAGGAAGCUGAAAAGCCUGAUUUGAGGGAUGAAGAGAGCCCAAACCGGCAGCUCAUUUGGCUGGUGUUGGAGCAGAUCCAGGAUCCCAUGAACCUGGGGGCACUGUUGCGCUCCGCUUACUUCUUGGGGGUGGACAGAGUGGUGACAAGCCGGAGGAACAGCUGCCCCCUGACGCCAACAGUGAGCAAAGCUAGCUCUGGAGCUAUGGAAGUCCUCGAUGUCUACAGCACCGAUGAUCUCCAGAGCUUUUUGAAGGCUAAAGCUGCAGAAGGCUGGGAAGUCCUGGGAACGGUCAGCAACCCUGAGGAUGCAGAGAAUAUCCCUGUCAUCAGCUGCUCGGAAUUUCAGUGGAAUAAACCCGUUAUUAUAGUAAUAGGUAGUGAAGGGGACGGACUGUCUCUAGAGACACAGCUCCUGUGCCAUCGGAUGCUGGCCAUACCCCCUGGCAGAGCCCUUCACCCUGGGAUUGAAUCACUGAACGUCUCUGUUGCUACUGGUAUUCUCCUGCACUCCAUCUGCAGCCAAAAGCUGAGGCACGGUGACUGAAAUGUUCGAUUUGGUGGUGGAAGCUGCUCGGUUCUCUCUUGUUGUGGAUAUGGAAGUGCCCUUUCCAGGGUCUCCAUCAUUGCUGCAGUUUUUACAAGGGAGAGACACUGACUUGAGCCCUGUUUGGCUGAUGCACUGUACCACCAGAACGCUGGCUUAAUGCUGCAUGUACUGGGUACCACCUCCCACCUACAUCCUCUGAGAGGAGCGGCUGCAAGGAAGGGAGGCAAAGGUAGUUUUUUAAAGCAGACAGCCAUAUCCUUCAGUUCUUGUAGUAAAAUUCCUGGUGAUGGCUGUGAAACUUGUGCCUGUUACACAGGGGACUUAGUACAUUGCUUGUGCUGUGGAGAGUUUGGGUUCUAGGUGAGAAACUGCUGCCUCUGCGAGUGCCCUGAGGCCACCACCCCUUAGCAGCCGAGAGUAUGCUGGUGAGAGCCACGUAUGAUUUGGGACUACUGGGUAGCAAUUUCCUCAUGAUGAGGUGGUUCCUCUGUUACCUGUUGGUGCUUGGAUGUCUGAAAGCACCCCGUGUUGUAUUUGGUUGUAAACAGGUCUGCAGCCCUGCCAAAGGAUGGAUGCAAGCUGUUAGAAAACAGCUGUAGUGGGAAAAACCACUGCCCAUUGCAAUAAAGCCUCCAAAAAGA